UCAACUACUACCCAUCAACAAUCAAGCUUUACGAUUCCUCUCAAAAGGCCUCUUCCCCUUCAGCGAUGAAGAAAUUGUUGCCAGUACGGUGUGAGGGCAAGUGAUAUCAUGUCACAUGUUCUCGUGUCGUAUAUGGCGGUUGGAGCCUAGAACGCUGCCUACAACAACAAAUCAAUACUUAGUUGCGCGAUCCAGCUCCAUUCCAAACCAUAGCGAUAAGUGACUCUUCCAUAAUUGCAGCCCUUUAGCAGCAGUGAUAUUAGUUUGAAUGGACUGCUGUGAUCAAUAUGGAUCGAGACGAGGUUAUGCAGGACAAAUCAAUAAAACCCCCACUGGGCAACGAGGACUCCGAUGUGGAUGAAAAGUAUCCUAACCGACCUCGAAAUCAUGCACCGACACUGCCUUUCCAUGCGCUUUUUGAGCUACUCUUCCGGCCGCUAAGUGAAAUCAAGAAGAAGCCCGUAGGACCCCCGGGAGCUCGAAGAAAAGCCGGACCUCAGGGUCAAUCCGCUGAAAAUCUUAAUCCAUUCGAGAGACGACGCGAUGUAAUUGAGCGCUUCAUCUCACGAUGGAAGAAGGAAGUUGGUGACGACAUAUACCCCGCAUUUCGAUUGAUCCUGCCUGACAAGGACCGAGAUCGAGCUAUGUAUGGCGUCAAGGAAAAAAUGAUCGGGAAAUUGCUCGUCAAAAUCAUGAAGAUUGAUAAGAAUUCCGAAGACGGGUUUAACCUUUUGAACUGGAAACUUCCGGGGCAGGCUGCGCCGUCAAGUAUGGCGGGCGACUUUGCAGGUCGCUGCUACGAUGUUAUUUCGAAGCGACCCAUGCGGACGGAUGUGGGAGAUAUGUCGAUUGAGGAGGUGAAUGAGAAACUUGAUCAGCUCUCGGCUACUUCCAAGGAGGAGCAACAGCUUCCUAUUCUUGCUGAAUUUUACCGACGGAUGAACGCCGAAGAGCUGAUGUGGCUGAUUCGGAUCAUUCUUCGGCAGAUGAAGGUCGGCGCAACAGAGCGGACUUUGUUUGAUGUCUGGCAUCCCGAUGCGGAGGGUCUUUACAGUAUCUCAAGUAGUCUUCGCCGUGUCUGCUGGGAACUUUACGAUCCCAAUAUCCGACUCGACGCAGAAGACCGGGGAGUUUCACUGAUGCAGUGCUUCCAGCCGCAGCUGGCCCAGUUUCAGAUGCAUUCGCUGGACCGGAUGGUUAGUCGGAUGCGGCCAACGGAAGAGGACCCUGUCUUUUGGAUUGAGGAGAAGCUUGAUGGAGAGCGUAUGCAGCUUCAUAUGGUCUCGGAUCCUUCUGUAGCAGGAGGCAAACGGUUCAAAUUCUGGUCUCGGAAGGCCAAGGAUUAUACAUAUCUUUAUGGAAAUGGUAUAUAUGACGAGAAUGGGUCACUGACUCGGUAUCUUGAGGAUGCCUUUGCCGAUGGAGUUGAAAAUUUAAUCCUCGACGGCGAAAUGAUCACUUGGAAUACGGAGCAAGAUGCGCCUGAGCCUUUUGGCACCCUUAAAACGGCUGCUUUGUCGGAGCAGAAGAACCCGUGGGCAAACGGAAUUCACCCACUACUACGAAUCUUUGAUAUUUUGUAUCUCAAUGGACGCGAUCUGACCAAGUACACACUUCGUGAUCGUCGAAACGCCCUGCAGAAAGUGAUCAAACCCGUGCAUCGUCGGUUCGAAAUACAUCCCUAUGAGGAGGCAACAACUAAAGCUGAGGUUGAGACUUCGCUCAGAACAGUCGUUGCGGAAGCCUCCGAGGGUUUAGUCCUGAAGAAUCCUAGGUCGCCAUACCGAUUAAACGAACGACAUGAUGACUGGAUGAAAGUGAAGCCCGAAUAUAUGACUGAGUUCGGCGAGUCCCUUGAUCUCAUCGUGAUCGGCGGCUACUGGGGAUCUGGCCACCGCGGCGGUAACCUCUCGAGCUUUCUCUGCGGACUACGGGUCGACGACGGGUCGUCUUCGCAGACCUCAAAUCCGACGAAAUGCUACUCAUUCUGUAAAGUUGGUGGAGGAUUUACUGCCGCUGAUUACGCAAAUAUCCGGCAUUAUACUGAUGGUAAAUGGAUUGACUGGAACCCUAAGAAGCCCCCUACAACGCAGAUCGAGCUUGGGGGAGGUGAUGCCCAGUAUGAACGCCCAGAUAGAUGGAUCAAGCCCGAGGACUCGAUUGUAAUUUGCGUCAAAGCAGCGUCUGUAUCAGUCAGCGACCAGUUCCGAAUCGGGCUGACACUGCGUUUCCCACGCUUCAAACGACUACGUAUGGAUAAAGACUGGAAGAGUGCAUUGUCUGUGCAAGAAUUUUUGGAUCUCAAGUCUAAUGUGGAGCAAGAGCAACGUGAGAAGGAGUUCAACGUUGAAAACUUCCGCAAAAAGCGCGUGAAGAGGACUACGAAGAAGCCACUUACAAUCGCGGGAUACAAUGAGGAUACAGAAGUUAAGUACGCGGGCCCAUCUGGGCAUGUUUUUGAAGGGCUCAACUUUUUUAUUCUUACCGACUCAAGUGCCCCAACAAAAAAAUCCAAGGCAGAGCUCGAGAAUCUUGUAAAAGCCAACGGGGGCAAAUUUUAUCAGACGAAUAACGCAGCUCCGGAUACGAUCUGCAUUGCAGACAGAAGAACUGUGAAAGCAGCUUCGAUACAGAAGAGCGGGAAAGUUGACAUUAUUCGCCCUGCCUGGAUUCUCGACUGUAUCCGACAGAAUGAGAUUGAUGCAGGCCUCCCCGACCUGCUCCUUCCUCUGGAGCCUAGGCAUAUGUUCUUCACCACCAAAGACAAGCAGGAAGAGAUUUCGUUCAAUCUUGACCGGUUUAAUGACAGCUAUACUCGUGACACAACGAGUGAAGAGCUUCGUGAGCUUUUGAACCAAAUGAGCAAAGAACAUGAAGUUGAUGGAGCCAAUAGCCCUGAAGCCAUUCAGAAGCUCACUGACUGCAUCCAAGAGAAAUCCAAUUCCGGAUGGACCAUGCCAUCUGGGUGGCUGUUCAAAGGGCUGACUUUAUAUUUCCCCGAGGAAAAUGAUACUUCCAACUCAUGCCGAGCCCGCUUGGCCAAAAACACUGCUAGAUUUGCCGGAGCAAAAGUCACUAGCUCCUUGAAAGAUGCUGCCGUCACUCAUAUCCUUGUGGGCCCAGAUACGUCGUCAUUGGAAAUUUCAUCCCUCCGGAAAACACUGUCAACUCGGACUAAGAUCGCACACAUCGUCAACCUGGAGUGGCUCGAAGAAAGCUGGAAGGAGAGAACACUUCUUGACGAAGAGAGGUUCCAACCGUCUCAUAAAUCUUGACGAAAUUUACCACCAUUUCUCAUUUUUCUUGCAGGUUUGAAACCAACACUUUGGAGGGGGUUACGUCUCAGAUACCAGAUACCUAUGCUCGGCUGAUGUCUGCGCAAA